AUGUUGGUCCUCAGCCCGCUUUUCCCGGGAUCUUACCUGCUGCUUUUCUUCUGCUUUGCUUUGCCUCAGACUGCGUACGCUGACAAUGUCUUCUCAUUUUCAGCAGAUCUGCCUUGUUUGGAACAGAAGAAGCAGCACCGCAGAGCAUGCUGCCUCCUUGGCCCUCCUCCACCGCCCCUGCUCCCACCACCGUACUUCAGGCACAGCUGGAGCGCUAAGCUGGAUAUGGAAGAGCUGUGCCAUGAGCUCCAGAUAAUACAGGCUUCCACUCUGCCUGAAUUGCACUGCUCUGCAGGGCCUCCUGGCCCCCAGGGUCCACAAGGAAUUCCUGGUAUAAUGGGACCAAAAGGGGAAAAAGGGGAGAUUGGCAGGCCUGGAAGAAAGGGCAGACCAGGUCCCCCGGGUGUCCCUGGGAUGCCAGGACCAGUAGGAUGGCCUGGGCCUGUGGGACAGAAGGGUGAAAAGGGAGAGUUGGGUGUGAUGGGAUUGCCAGGUACAAGAGGACCAAUGGGCUCCAAGGGUUUUCCUGGAACUAGAGGAGAAAAGGGAUCCAGAGGUGACAGAGGUGACAAAGGAGUCAAAGGAGACCCGGGAGAAAUAGGCUUCCCUGGAAUGCUGGGACAAAAAGGAGAGAUGGGCCCCAAGGGACAGUCUGGAGUACCAGGACACAGAGGACCUAUAGGAAGACCUGGAAAACGAGGCAAACAAGGACUCAAGGGGGACAUUGGACCCGCGGGUGUCAUGGGCCCACCUGGCAGGCCUGGCCCUGUUGGCCAGCCAGGCCCCCCUGGGCCCUCAGGACUAGGACAAUUUGCAAUAGGACCAAAGGGAGAAAGAGGACUUCCAGGGCCUCCAGGGAGAUGUCUCUGCAGAACCCCACAGCAAAUGAGUAACCCAUCGUAUGAGCAAUCUGUGUUUGGACACAGCUACCCCAAGGUUCCCGCGAUUUUUGUGGUGAACAAUCAAGAAGAAUUGGAUCGGUUAAACACCGAGAACGCAUUAGCAUUUAGAAGAGAUCAGAGAUCUUUGUAUUUCAAAGAUACCUUUGGAUGGCUCCCAGUCCAGCUCUCCCCUCUGUACCCCAUGGAUUUCCGCCUGGAGGAGGGGGGCACCUGUGGAGAUGGCAUCGUGCAGGAUGGGGAGGAGUGCGACGACGGCAACGCGGUGGUGACCGAUGACUGCAUAAGGUGCCGCCGUGCUUACUGCGGAGAUGGCUACAAGCACGAGGGGGUUGAAGACUGUGAUGGGAUGGAUUUUGGAUACUUGACAUGUAGAACAUACCUUCCUGGGUCUUACGGGAAACUGCGCUGCACUCCUUACUGCUACAUUGACUCCACACAGUGCCGGUACUUCACCUGA